AUGGAGUGUUUGGGAUUGGACCACGUAGCAGAGAAUAUAUUGAGUUUUCUUGACGCUAGAUCUCUGUGCGCUGCUGAACUUGUGAGUAAGGAAUGGAAUAGGGUCAUCUCAGAAGGUAUGCUCUGGAAGAAAUUAAUCGAAAGAAAAGUGAAUACAGACAGCUUAUGGAAAGGACUUUCAGAACGUAGAGGUUGGAUCCAGUACCUGUUUAAACCUAAACCAGGAGAAUCCCAUCCUAACUACUCCUUCUAUAGACAGCUCUACCCUUCAAUCAUCAAGGAUAUAGAGACGAUUGAGGACAAUUGGAGAUGCGGUAAACACAAUCUUCAAAGAAUAAACUGUAGAAGUGAGAACAGUAAGGGAGUCUACUGUUUACAGUACGAUGAUAAGAAGAUUGUGAGUGGAUUAAGAGACAACACAAUUAAAAUGUGGGACAGAGAAACACUGCAGCAGCACAACCGUGUAUUAACAGGUCAUACCGGAUCCGUCCUUUGCUUGCAGUACGAUGACAAGGUGAUAAUAUCUGGGUCUAGUGACAGUACAGUCCGUGUUUGGGACGUAGAGUCAGGAGAGAUGGUCAACACACUCAUACACCACUGUGAGGCAGUCCUCCAUCUUAGUUUCAAAUUCCGUUAUAUGAACGGAAUGAUGGUAACCUGUAGUAAGGAUCGGAGUAUAGCGGUCUGGGAUAUGGUCAGCCCAACAGAAAUUAAUCUCAGACGAGUUCUGGUUGGGCACAGAGCAGCUGUUAACGUUGUAGAUUUUGAUGAUAAAUACAUUGUAUCUGCUAGCGGGGAUAGAACUAUUAAGGUCUGGUCAACACAUUCCUGUGAGUUUGUGAGAACAUUGAACGGACAUAAACGAGGAAUUGCUUGCCUUCAGUACCAUGAUAGGUUGGUAGUAUCUGGUAGUUCAGAUAACACUAUACGUCUGUGGGAUAUAGAGUGUGGACAGUGUCUCCGUGUGCUGGAGGGUCACGAGGAACUAGUGCGCUGUAUCAGGUUUGACUCGAAGAGAAUAGUGUCCGGUGCAUACGAUGGAAAGAUUAAAGUCUGGGAUUUACAGGCUGCUCUGGACCCCCGAACCCCUACCGGCACCUUGUGCACAAGAACCCUCGUAGAGCACUCGGGAAGAGUUUUCAGAUUACAGUUUGACGAAUUUCAAAUUGUCUCGAGCUCACACGACGAUACCAUCCUUAUCUGGGACUUUCUCAACUUCUCAACACCUGAGAGCGGUAAGGGGAGUCCUUCAAGAACCUAUACGUAUGUCAGCAAUUUCUAAUACAAGAAUCGAUGGACCUUCAAGAUAUCCCAGGGUCCUUCAAGAUAUCCCAGGGUCCUUCAAGAUAUCCCAGGGUCCUUCAAGAUAUCCCAGGGUCCUUCAAAUAUCCCAGGGACCUUCAAGAUAUCCCGGGAUCUUAUAAACGUCCUUAUUUUAUUUUCAUUGGUCGGUCAUAUUUAUAAAUAAACCAGGUCUUUUUAUCAUUAUUAGUGGUCAAUGGAUUUGUAUUUUACCAGAAAGUUAUACAUCCUUGAAAAGUUAAGAUUUUUUCAUACAUAGGAGGCCUUUUGGCCUUUAUGCAUUCUGACGGAAUUAUGUAAAAUAGAUAUACUCUCGUGGUUAUCUUAACAUUCUUUUGUUCAGCUCUUAGAUAAUUUUAAAGCGGCUUAGUUAGCGGCAGGUUAUAGAUGAAACAUUUCUUAGUCCAAAUUUUUUCUCUUCUUGUUCUUGGGAUUUUUUUAUUCACAAGAAACAAUACUGUUGUGACUUUCAUAAUUGAUUAGGAAAAAAGUUUCCCUCCCAUUCUCUUAUUGUGGAUAUGAUUAAACCAACAUUUUCUACCAGCUUUGCUUUGCUUAUAACAGAUAUCUGUAAAUUUGAUAUAGAUGUUAAAAGAAACAGGUUUUGUCAUUGUAACGUCGUUCAGUGUACAACUGUAGUACAAUGUCUCUGUUGUACAAAUUGUCCUAUGUACAUGAUUCUGUUUUUCUACCUUUCCCGAAAUAGUUUUAUUCACAAUUCUCAAAAUUGACAUAAAAAGGUUAAAUUCUAACUACCCAAUCAAUCCUGUCCUGUACAGUGUACAUGUUUGAUGUUAUUUUUGUUCUAAACUGUAAUGAAAUUAGUUCUAAUUAUUUAAAGGGACUGUAGACGUAAUUCAAAUUACAAUUCAUAGUGUCAUGUCCUUCUGACAACGUUACCUAUUAAACCGGAAGAUAUCAUGAUUUUUCUGACUGAAAAUUUUCAUUUUUCUGAAUGAUGUAUUUUUAGAUAGAAAAAGAGUGAUAUGUUUAAAUGUUUUACUAGACGACGGUUUAAGGGGUACUGUUAUGAAUCUGAGAUAUCCUUCUAUAAAAUGGAUUGUCAAUGAAAAGUACCGCUACAGUCCCUUUACGCCAGGUCAAGGUCAUUCAGAAGAAGUUCGCGCCAAUUUAUUGUGAUUUCACGAAAAUUAUCUCUGAAAAUUGAUGCGCACUCUUUAUCUAACCCUGAAGUAUUCAUUCUGUAAUGUUCUGCGCGCAUUUUAUUAUAAUGUGCGCGUAUAAAGUUAGUAUCUUGUGCCCUUAUGCGCAUUUUCAAACCAUUAUAACUUUUGACGCUGUUUCGUUAAAUUGUAAAAAUAUAUAUUAACGAAAGAA